UAAACAGAAGCAAAAUCAUUUCUCGUUCUAGAUAAUGAAAGUGAACGUUGUAAAUUCAAUAUAUGGAUCGUAUUAUUCGUUUACAGAUUUAUAUGGCUAAGUUUUCAGUUUUUUGUGUGUUUACUUUAUUGACUCUCACUUGGGCUUGUCCAAGACAAGAAGAUUUACAUCCGUGUUCCUGCAAAGAUUUUCAAUAUGGCUCUCACGUGGAAUGUGCCAAUUUUAAUUCCAGUGCCUCCUUAAAGAAAGCUUUCAAAAGUUUGGAGAAUCGUAAAGUAGGAACUUUUCUGAUGCAUGGCCUAUACAUAGAAGAAACUUUGCCCAGCGACCUUUUUGUUGGUCUUCAUAUAAAAGAUCUCACAAUUGAAAAGUCCAAACUUGAGCUUUCACCGCCGUUCUUCAAUGGACUGAAUUCAUCCCUCGCUGUUCUUAAUGUUAUAGAUUUCUCAAUUAAGAAUGAAGAAUUUAUUUUCGCAAAAUUAACAAACUUGCAAGAUCUGACAAUUCAUUCGAAUCGCAUUGAGAAGGUGAAAAACAAUUGGUUAAGCGAGUCAGCCCCCAGCCUUACAGUAAUCUCGCUGGAUUCGAAUCGGAUAGAUGAACUGGAGGAUCAUGCUUUCGCAAAUUUUAAAUCAAUUAAGAAAAUUUCUUUAGCCUUUAAUCGGAUCAAAAUCGUCAAAAGAUCGAUGUUCCCACAGCCUGCUGAUAAGCUGAUGAGAAUAGAUUUGAGUUACAAUAGAAUAGAAGCUUUGCCAGAAGAUUUCUUCGAGAAUAUGAUGGGUUUACGAGAAGUAGUCCUUUCAAAUAAUAAGCUGGUAAGCUUACGUGAACACAUAUGGAGUAAUGUCUGGGAGCAACUGAAUCAAGUUUUAUUAGUUGGAAAUCUCUUGAAAUGCGAUGAAGAAUUGAGCUGGAUAAAAGAAAGAAAGAAGCCCUAUCUGCUGGAUGGCACAUGUGUUCAACCUCAAAGUAUGAUGGGAAAAUCGGUGAAUGAAAUCUAUGAAACCUAGAUUUUGAUGUUUCUAGAUAUGCUUCUAGUUGUAUGUAAAAAUUAUGAUCUGAGAUUAAAAUAUAAUCAUGUGUAAAUAUAUAAAAGUGAUUAAGUUAAGAUUGCAUAUUUUGGUUUAUUUUAAAUGGUGGAAAUAUGAAUAAAUUAUGUAUUAACUUUUUCGUGGAGAGAAAUAUAUCCAAAUAAUCAAAGAUUGUGGGAAAUAUAAAACUUCUUAUUUCAUAAAGAAUAUAUAAAAUAUAUUUCAUAAAAAAAGGAAGGAAAUAUUUUUUUUAAAUCCUUACAAAAUUAUCUUAGGAAACGUUCUGAUAAGAUAAAUUAGCUUAGUCGAAGUAUUAUAAAUUUCUGGUUUAGUCUUCUGUAUCAAAGUAUAAAAUGUACAAAUCGUACACUGUUUGUUUUUAUUUUUUAUAAUAAUGAUUAUGAGUCCACUUUUAAUUUCCUUUCAAACCAUUUUCAUAGUUCCCAAAGAUGUGUUAUGCGUAUGUUGUCUGAAUGAAAAAAUGAUUAUCUUUGUAAUUAAUUACAAUAAAUGUAAGUGUUCUAAAUAAAUAUAAUAAUUUAAUCAAAAAUUCUAAAUCCAAAUAUUCUGAAAUACCUUCGAUAUCAAAACAAGCUGAAUGAUUUUCUAAACAUUUUCGUCACUCUAUUAGUUGAUUUUAAUAAUUUCAAUUUGGGACGAAUUUAUAUAAAUUAAUUCUGCAGUUGUCAAAUCUUAAUUUUAUAUUUUGGAAUAAAGUGUUAUGCAAUAAUAAACGAAUUAAGACAUUUUACAACUAUAUGCACACAUCAGAAAUAAAUUCUUCCAUCUUAAAAAUGCUUCCUUCGUUCAUUAACCAAUAUAUAUAUAUAUAUAUAUAUAUAUAUAUAUAUAUAUAUAUAUAUAUAUAUAUAUAUAUAUAUAUAUAUAUAUAAUUUAUCAGAAUCUCUCCAAUAACUAUAUGUUUAAAUAUAUUUGACUGAUAUUUUUUUACCUUUCCGAAUAAACUGCUAAUACUAGUGAUUCUUUUAUUUCAAACGGGGGGAGGGCUUCCUUCUGAUCUGCAAACCCAUGCUCAUUUUUUUCCCCUUUGAACACUUUCCAAUUAAAAUGCGAGUUGCUUUUUUUCCUCUUUAAUAUUUACGAAAUGAAUAUAUUUAAAAUGUCUCUAAAAUUCUUGCCAUAAUCUAUAUCGAAUAAAAAUUAUUACAAUAAAUAAAUUUGUCGAAUUUUAAAUAAACUGAUUUUUGGAUUGAA